UUUGCCCAUCAAAUUCCUUAUUUUUCCCAACAUUUUUGUCAUUCUUCUAGGGUUUUAAUUUUUUUCCUCCCCGUGAUUCCUUUCCAUCCGAUAGUUAGAUUCAAACAGUUAGUUUCGUUUCUUCCUGAGUUUUUGAUCGUAAAGGAGGAGUUAUUUUGGCUCAGAACCAGCCCAAUAAGGUCAGAAUCCCCCUCGAACAUAGAGAUUUGGGAUUAAUGAGCAGUAGCAGAGUGAAGAAUUUCCGCCGCCGUUCCGAUGACAGAGAUGCUAAUGGAGAGGAGAAGACCACCACAGCCCCUGCCGCCUCCACCGCCACAACCUCCACAUCUACCACCAGCAGGAGCCAAACCUUGAGCCUCACAAAGCCCAAAAGCUCGAAACCUGAGGGACCGAAGCGCCUUAGCUUCGCAGAUGACGAGGAGGAGGAGGGGGUGGCCACUGCAGCCCCUCGCCAGCCCUCCAAACCCGUUCCCUCCAUCCAUAAGCUCUCCUCUGCCAAGGAACGCUCAAAAACCUCAACUUUGGCCCCUUCCAUCCCUUCCAAUGUUCAGCCGCAGACUGGUGAGUAUACCAAGGAGAGGCUCUUUGAGCUUCAGAAAAAUGCCCGCCCUCUGGGGAGCAUGCCCCGGCCUAAGCCGGCCCCCUCCUUCUCUGAGCCGCCCAAACCCCAGAAGACUAACCCUCCUCCAGCCGAACCUGUUAUCAUCCUUAAAGGCCUCGUGAAGCCAGCAUCCACUACAACCCCUGGGCAGGAAGGUGAGAAGGGAGCUGCAUCGAAGAGGCAGGAAGAGGAAGAGGAAGAGGAGGAUGGGGUGGAUGAUGGGGAAGAGGAGGAAGAUGAACAGAGGGGCCAUGCAGAGAAGGGGAGAAAGUUGCUGGUGAUACCUGAUCGGGCAACAAUCGAUGCUAUCCGGGCCAAGAGGGCACACCUCCAACAGCCACGUCACUCUGCUCCAGAUUACAUUUCGCUUGAUGGCGGGAUGAUGAGUGGCCACCCUACAGCAGUUGGAUCUAGUGAUGAAGAGGAGAAUGAUUUCCAGGGCAGGGUUGCUUUGUUUGGAGGCAAGAUGGAUGGUAGGCCUAAGAGGGGUGUUCUGGAGAUUAAGGAGGAGAGGGUUGCUGUAGCUGAGGCAAAGGUUGUUGAUAGUGGAUAUAGAGAUGUGGCUGAUGAUGAGGAUGAGGAGGAGAGGAAAUGGGAAGAGGAGCAGUUCAGAAAGGGUUUAGGAAGGAAAAUUGAUGAGGCAUCAACUCAGAGAGGGGUUAAUAGCAUUCCAACAAUUCCACCCAUCCAGCCACAGGUUUCUAUUUACUUGGGGGCUGCUCUUCAGUCUUCAAUGAGCAAUGUGUCUCUUGGACCAGCUUCUAUUGUGGUCUCACAGAGUGCAGAGGUCAUGUCCAUUCCCCAACAGGCUGAGGUUGCCACCCGAGCUCUGCAAGAGAACAUCAGUAAGCUAAAGGAAACCCACAACAUAACACUGAAUUCAUUGGUUAGGACUGAUACACAUCUCUCUGAGGCGCUCUCUGAAAUCACCUCUUUGGAGAAGUCUCUGAAAUCUGCUGAUGAGAAGUAUGUCUUCAUGCAGCAGCUCCGUGACUUCAUUUCAGUGAUGUGUGAUUUCUUACAUGACAAGGCCUAUUUCAUUGAAGAGCUCGAAGAGCAGAUGCAGAAGCUUCAUGAGCAGCGGGCUUUAGCUGUUGUAGAAAGAAGAACUUUUGAUAUUGCUGAUGAAGCUAAUGAAUUGGAUGCUGCUGUAAAUGCAGCGAUAUCAGUUCUUAAUAAAGGCACUUCACCUGCUCAUAUUUCUGUAGCAACAACUGCAGCACAAGCUGCUGCUGCUGCUGCUCGAGAAAGUUCCAGUUUAUCAGCUGAAUUGGAUGAGUUUGGUAGGGAUGUCAACCUCAAGAAGCGCAUGGAAUUUACACAGAGGGCUGAAGCCAGAAAGAGAAGGAAAGUUCGGUCUGAAUCAAAAAGAAUGUCAUCAAUUGGGAAGGAUAUUGCAUUGGAGCAAAUUGAAGGAGAGGUGAGCACCGAUGAGAGUGACAGCGAGAGUAGUGCAUAUGAGUCUAGCCGCAAUGAGUUGCUACGAACUGCUGAACAGAUUUUUAGUGAUGCAUCUGAGGAGUACUCCAACCUUAAAAUUGUCAAGGAAAGGUUUGAAAGAUGGAAGAAUCAGUUUUCCUUGACUUACCGAGAUGCUUAUGUCUCUCUAAGUGCGCCUGCAGUAUUCUCCCCAUAUGUGAGAUUGGAACUUCUGAAGUGGGACCCUCUCUAUGACACAACUGAUUUCUUUGACAUGGAGUGGCAUAAGCUGUUAUUUAAUUAUGGUUUGCCAGGGAAAGAUCGCGAUUUUGAUCCUGAUGAUGCCGAUGCUAAUCUUAUUCCGGAACUAGUUGAAAAGGUAGCGCUUCCCAUUUUACACCAUGAAAUUGCACACUGUUGGGACAUGUUUAGCACCCAAAUGACGAAAAAUGUAGUCUUUGCCACAAAUAUGGCCAUUAACUAUGUUCCAGCUUCUAGUAAGGCACUACAUGAAUUGUUGGCUGUUGUUCGUAGUCGUUUGACGGAGGCCAUCACUGGCCUCAGCUUGCCUGCUUGGGGUACAGUGUUGACGAAUGCUGUGCCAGGUGCUGCACAACUUAUGGCGUAUAGGUUUGGUAUGUCUGUUCGUUUGCUCAGAAAUAUUUGCUUAUGGAAAAAUAUCCUUGCACUGCCAGUCUUGGAGAAGCUUGCUCUUGAAGAGCUCUUGAGGGGGAAACUUGUGCCUCAUGUUCGAAGUAUCAUGUCCAAUAUUCAUGAUGCUAUUACAAGAACAGAAAGGAUAGUUGCAUCAUUAUCGGGGGUUUGGACAGGUCUUGAGAUUACUAUAGAACCCAGUCAGAAGCUGUGGCCUUUGGUGGAUUGCAUUUCAGAGUUAGGAAACAAGUUGGAGAAGCGGCAUGCAUUGGGUGUGAGCAAGGAAGAUACCCGUGGGCUUGCUCGUCGUUUAAAGAAUAUGCUGGUUGCUCUUCAUGAGUAUGACAAAGCUAGAGCUAUGUUGAGAACAUUUCAGCUCAAAGAAGCACUCUGAGGCUGAUCUGAUAUUCUUGACCUUUUAAACCAAGCUUUUGCUUUCAGAAAGCUGAAGCUUGGGUUCCGAAGCUUUGGUUUUUAGAACAACAUUGUACUUUACAGAGAAGGUGCUGAUUGUAUUCGGUUCCAUCCUAUUCUUUCUAUCCUAUGUCUUAUCACGGAAUUGCAUUCUAUCAUACCGGUCAUACUGGUGGUACUUCUUGUUGAAUUAAAGGGUUGGAUAAGUCUUUCUGUACCCACCCAAAAUAUGCCAACUCCAAUUUUGCAGUGCAUGUGUAGGCCAUAUCAACCAUAGAUUUUAUUUUUUGGUGCUCGAUAGUGCUCCGGACAGGCAUCAUGGAAACCUGAUUUUAGGGAUUUUUUUUAAAAAAAAAUCACUAAAAUCAGGUUUCCAUGAUGCCUGUGUGUAUCUUUUACUGUUAUCAACUUUGCCUUAAUGAACAUGCUGUUUGCAAUCAUGUGGCCCUAAGGUUUUAGUUUUCUUUCUCUUCCUUUGUGAUUGAGCUAUGUUUCUGAAACUGAGCGCGUAAUUAUGGUCACUUCAACAGGUUUCUAUUUUUCUUUUCGAAAAUAUUGGCAUGUUACUCCAAUGUCAUGUUUGCUUGUUUGACUUGAUUGACUUAAUUGUUAUUCAUCUCGUUUUUGUUAUCAUGUGUAUCGAUUGCUCUGUGAUAUAUAAUUUUAUUAUGAUGAUUGAAUUCAGGUUGGUUUCUUCAGCUUCAGGUUGUAAAUUUUCUGUCAGUUAACCUGAAUGGGGAGUUUCUUUGAUGUUAGAAAAUUAAUGGAUGCAGUAUAUUCCUUAUUCUCACUCAAUGAGCAGCCAUAAUAUAUAGCCAUUUUACUGUUCAAUUGAUGAAUUGGAAUGAGCAUUUUCAUUAAUGCCGUUAUUUAUAUAUGCCAGACAAAGUAUUAUAUAUUUGUCAAAUGGGUGACCAACAGCAGCUAUUCUGAAGUUGUAUGCAUUUGUUUCAUGCAUUACUUUUCAUAUCAUGGUUAGUUGAUUCUGAAUAUUUGUCAUCCAUAGUCUAAUGUGCUGGAGAGUCAUAGGCUUCCAGUUAUGGUUGUGGUUCAUGUAACAUUACCGACAUUUCACCAAACACUUGUAUCUAGGAUGGAGCAUCUGUAAUCACUAAACACUUGUAUCUGAACUCCAUCUAAGUGUGACAUGUUGGAUGUUAACAUGUUGCAUGUCAUCCCAAAAUGUCACUGGUCAUUGAACCUUCAUCAUGGAUCCAGAUGAUGGACAAAAUAACUUGCAUAUCCGAUUUAACAUUGAUAGUAAGCAAAUGACAAUACGACAAAGUAUAAUUUCAGUGAUGGCCACAUGAAAUUGACACCAAAAGCCUUUCUCAGUGGUGGCCAACCCUUGCUUGUUGGGGUAUUUUUAAUAGCCAGGGUUUACAAGCCACCCCUAGUAGUAUACUUCUUGAAUAGCCAUAGCUUAACUAAGCAUUUGUCAUCCCAGGUGAGAAGUUAAUUAUGGGUCCAUCUGCUAGUUCUUGCCCUGACAGUUGCUUGUCACUGUCCUGUUGUUAUCCUUGUUUGCUUUCUGCAAGCUUUUGUUUCUGAUGGUUUCUGUUGUUCAGUGUAUUGUUAGGUUUACAUAACUGAAAAAUAAGUAUGACUAACAGUUCAAGAAACCUCAGCGGGCAAGUUUCGGUUGACAUGUUAGCGGAUGUAGCACAUUUAGAUGCACCAACAGGAGCGAAAGUUUGAAUUGGUCUACUAAAUUGUUUUGUUAUGUUGGCUGAAUGUAUGCCACCUUAUAUCCUACGUCAUCAAUAUGAGGGCAGAAUGUUCUUAUUUUAUUUCCUUUUAUCUCAUACGCUGAUAGGAAAGAAAACUCAAAAACCUAAUGACUUCUUUUACAAUUCUGUUAAUAUCAUAUAUGUCACAUUUAUCAUGGACAAAAUUUUCUAUAGAUUGGAUUCCUAUAUGUUUGAUAGGACGGAGAUUUGUUUUCAUUCUAUAUUUAAGUUGUACUGAUUGACGAGUAUUGUGCUGGCUAGAUUGGUACUGUUUUGGGUUAAAUUCAUAUAAGAUGUUCUGCUUGCCUCAUUAAAGGCAAAUAACAAUGCUGAACUUCAUGAAAGAAAAAGCUGAACUUCAAAGUUCAAACCCCUCAACUUUUUUUCUUUUUUCUUCCUGGCUGUUUUGUUUCUAAUCGUUUUCAAAGAUUCUUAAAAUCAGGCAGCACAUUGACAAGAAGUUCAAGCCAUUACAUCGGUCUUAUUAUUGGUUAUCAUAUAAGUGAAUCAGGUUCAGACGCAGCAGAGCCAGCCUGUCAGCUGGGGGAUGUAUUUGAGGCCUGGGGGUCUUUCAUUUCCGUCUCUUUUUUUGGGAUCUUCUGUGAGGUCACCACCUUCAAUCAAAUCCUGCCAGAAUUUGAGUCCAGGAAAUUGCUUUUUGAGUUUAUGAAAACCUAUCAUCUAUAUAUGAAAUGAACUGAGCACAACAUUACAAGCUGAUGUAUGGGCAUUAUACAAGGAUACUAAAGUUAGUUUUCCAGACUAUGUUCUGUUUUCUUUUCACCAUUCUACUCGUUUGCAAUGAACUUCAUAACAGUGAUGGUGUCCUGACUAAAGGGUGCCAAAAAAUAGCACUUCUGUAAUUGCUGGGCACAUUUAAUUGCGGUUCAGAAUGCACAUGGAUUCGAACAAGGUAGUGGCAUUUUAAAUCA